UUGACCUUUCCAUGUAGCUCGUGCAUUUUCAUUAUCUUUGUCCCCUUCCUCUGACGGUAGAGUUUCAGAGAAGCUUUCCGUUUCCUCCUAAAAGUCCCACCUUUCCAUCCCUUGACUUUGCGGGCCUAAAAAUCUCACCUUUUUUGGGUUUUCUCCAUGUCUUCCGCGCGGAGAAGGCUCGUGAUCCGUCAUCCGGUGGUUGUAGACGUCGGCUGCAGCUGCCGGCGGCCAAAGCUUCCAUCUUUCUUCUACUCGUCGCCGAAGCCUGAGUCCGCCAGGAGCCCUCGCCUCCUUUCCCCUUCCACCUCCACUUCGCUUUCUGAAACCCUAACACCCAGUACCAUCGCCACUACGACUUCUACCGCUGCGACGACCACCACCGCGACUGUCAAUUCCUCAUCUCCCUCUCGCGACGGCGACUUCGCUUCCUCCCCCUCCCCACCGUUCCGCGCGCGGGAGACAGGGAAGGGCAAGAAGAAGGGGAAGCGCGCGGCGUCGAGGAAGUCGGUGGUGGAGGGAAGCACCGCGGUGGCGAAGGAUUCUAUCGAUCCGUACAUGGACUUCCGCGACUCGAUGCUGCAGAUGAUCGUGGAGAUGGAGAUCUAUGCGUGGGACGACCUCCGCGACCUCCUCCACCGCUUCCUCGCCCUCAACGCUGUUUGCCACCACCACCUCAUCUUCCGUGCCUUCGUGGAGAUCUGGACGGAUGUCUUCACAGCCAUCUCGCCGCCGCCCGCCUCCGCCGUCGGUGACGCUCUGCGCGUGCGACCCGAGGAAGCGCAAAAACGAAGCCCAAAAGUUGAGAUCCUGACCCCACCUCGUGCCACGUGUAAUCGCCCCGGGUCGGCAACUGCACGGUGAUGAUAGGAUCUCGAUCGGACCGUUAAGAAAUUUGUUGUUUACAAACAAUUUGGCAUUUAUCUUUCUAUUGAAGCAAAUACUAUUGACUUUGAAAUGUAUGUAUUAUUUUCUUCAAAUACACACACUAUA